AUGCGGAUGGGGUUGACCAUCGGCUUGAACCACAAUAUCCUAGAAUCACAGGUCAUCGACCCAGUAGAACGCCAACACCGCAUCCAAAUAUGGUGGACAAUCUACAUCUUUGACCGGAUGUGGGGUUCUAAAAUGGGUCUCCCAAUGCAAAUCCUCGAUGAAGAUAUCCACGUCGACAUGCCGUCAACCAUCUCCCCCCGCUGGCGUCAUGAAGAAGAACUCUCCGACUCAGAAUAUAUGACCGCCAACAUCAAGCUGGCACGCAUAGUCGGCGAGACAAUCACCAAACUGUACAGCCGUCGAAAGUACCAGGAGACCUUCCUCCAACGCGUCCAAAAACUCCUCAAGGCUUUGAAACACUGGGUAGAAACUCUCCCCGAAUCCCUCAAACUGAACAUGGAAGACCUGGAAUCGAGCAAGAAACCCGUUGUCUCCCUCCACUUGGCUUUCAAUCAAUGUGUGAUCCUAACCACGCGCCCAACGCUACUGCAUCUCCUUAUGACACUAAGCAAAAAAACAACAUCCCGCCCCAAUACCGCCAAUAAUACCAGUGGGACCGGGACUGAAAGCGAGAGCCAAGAGGUAUCCGUUUCCCAGCCCGUCCUUACCCUAAGCGAAGCAUGCAUCCACGCAGCGCGGCACUCCCAUUCCAUGAUCUUGACACGGUGGAUCAACGGGUCCAUGCCGACGUUCGGCUAUUUCCACGCUCACUACCUCUUUUCCUCGGCGUUGAUCUUGGCAAUGUCCAGCUUUGUUCCGAUCGGUAAUCCAACUGACAUGACAGGAUUCGACUCCGCGCUGGAUCUGCUGCGCUCCAUGACCGAGAAUGGGAAUUUGGCGGCAGCGGAAUUCUAUCACAACCUCGAGCAGGUGAAGGUUUGUUUAGUUGCGCACCGGGGAGUGAGGCGGGGCGAGGGGAGUGCUGGUAUGGCCGAUGGUGGACGAGUGACUCCUAACAACAACGCUCAUGCUAGUGGCAAUAUCCUUUCUGGCGCUGGUGCGCUCGCUUUAUCCGGGCCAUCGCCGGGCUUAGUAGCAGCUACUACUCCUUUUUUGAACACCUUGCCCCUGAACCCACCCACAUCGGUAUCAGCAUCUAUGCCCCUAGCGCCUUUGAUACCCACCACACAUGAUAUCCUUGCUUCUGCCACCACCCGGCCUGUUCACAGCCAUGGUAUCGAUGCAUACACUUAUCCUUUGAGGGAGACCGUCGGCGGGUACACGACCGAAAUGACGUUUCUAGAGCCGACCAUGCAAGAUUUCCUGGCGCAGUCAGAUAUGGACCUUGGGCUGCUGCAUCCUGUUGAUACGUUCUUCAACGAGGCGGAGAAUAUAUAUACGUGUCAUGAGUUUUGA